CAAAACAAACCGACAAAAAAUAAAAAAUAUCCUCAACUGUACAUCUGAGAAUAAACAAUCAUUAAUUUUAAUUUUCUUGGUCAUUCUAUAAGAAUUCAGAAAGCAAAAGAAUGUCUGCAAAGAAAAAACCACGCAAAGAAACGCCACAACGACCGCAACCUUCAAAGCAAGUCGACUCGGUUUCCUCUGACUCGGAAGAAGAGCUUGAACUCGAUGAAAACGGUGGGACGUUUAUAGAUGGUAUUUUUAUUCCUCCAGCUGUACCGCCAACUUUAUCAUUCAAUCCUACUGGACCCCGUUUGAUUAUAAGAAAAAUCGACAACAAUUUUUUCAAGAGUUAUGCUAAAAAUGAAGUUUUGGGACCAUUUCAUAAGUGUUUCAAUGCGAUAGUUGGCCCAAAUGGUAGUGGCAAAAGCAACGUAAUCGACUCCCUUCUUUUUGUAUUCGGAUACAGAGCAACCAAGAUCCGUUGCAAGAAAGUCUCCGUUUUACUGCAUGAUUCCGAACAUUACAAAAAUACACAGUCCUGCACUGUUAGGAUUCAUUUUGCUCAAAUUAUCGACAAGACAGGAGAUAACUAUGAUAUCGUACCAGGCAGUGAAUUUGUUGUAUCCAGAACAGCGCAUAAGGAUAAUUCUUCAUAUUAUGAACUCAGUGGUAAAAGAGUCCAGUUCAAAGAUAUUGCUAUUUUAUUAAAAAGUCAUGGAAUUGAUUUGGACCACAAUAGGUUUUUAAUUCUACAGGGUGAAGUAGAACAAAUUGCCACAAUGAAGUGCAAGGGGGAGAAAGGAGAAUCUGGUCUGCUCGAAUAUUUGGAAGAUAUUAUCGGAACAUCCAGAUAUAAGAAACCUCUGGGACUAGUAAAUGAAAAGGUUGAGCUUCUAAAUGAACAAAGGGGCGAAAAAUUGAAUAGAUUAAACUUGGUAGAAAACGAAUUGAAUGAGCUGGAAGAGCCAAUGCAGGAAGCUGUUGGAUUUUUGAAGAAGGAAAACAGUAUUAUGAUCAAUAAGAACUACUUAUAUCAAAAAAAUAACAAAGAUAUUAAAGAAAAAGCAAGUGUGGAACAAGAACGUCGAGAUGAGGAAGCCAAAGACCAAAAACAGUUGAUGGAUCAGUUGAAAGCUUUAGAAGAACAAAAAAAAGAACACUUAGGUAAACAAGAUGAGGAAGGCAAAAUCUAUGAAAAUCUCAAAAAAAGAAAUGAGAGCAUCAAAGAGUCCAUAGACAAAGCUAAAAAGAAGGAUGUGCAGCUUCAAGAAGACAUGACCAAUAAAAAUAAACAAAGAAAAAAGACUAAAGAAUUGAUUGUUACCGACAAGCAAAAUCUUGACAGGCUAAAAACUGUUCCGCAAGAAAGUGAAAACGGGAUCAGAGAGCUUGAGGGCAAACUAGAAAAAACUACUGCACAGAAAGAAAGAUAUGAAGCUGAAAAAAGUAGUUUGUUGAAAAACAUACAAGGAGAAACCAAAGGGUUGCAGGAGAAAAAAGAAGAAAUGCAGAAAGAUUUGGCGGUUUUAAAGGAAUCAGUGGACAAAACAAAAUCAGCAUUCAAUCUAGCAGAAACCGAACUCAAGGUUUGCAUCAGUAAUGAAGAAACUGAAAAGAACAAACUAGCUAACCUAAAAACCUUAUACGAAACAUCUGCAGUUACAAUACAAGAACGUACCAAGCAAGUAGCCGAGCUAAAUAAAAAAAUCCCCGCUACCAAAAAAGCUUUGAAUGAGGCCAACGUUGAGCUUUUGAGAGUUAAACAACAAGAAACUGCGGCCUCUAAUGAAAUCAGAACUAAAAGAGGUAAUUUGGAAGAAGGCAGAAGCUCUAUGCAAGCCUCUAAGUCUAGAGGACGAGUUUUGGAUUCGCUAAUGAGAGCCAAGACAGAAGGAAAGUGCCCAGGACUUUUUGGACGACUGGGCGAUUUAGGAGCAAUAGAUUCAAAAUACGAUGUGGCUAUAUCUACAGCUUGUGGUGCUCUGGACAAUAUUGUAGUGGACACAGUAGAUACUGCUCAAUGGUGCAUCAAAUUCCUCAAACAACACGACAUUGGUCGUGGAGUAUUUAUAGCUCUAGAUAAACAAGAUCGUCUGAGAGACAAAGCUAAUUCGCGUAUACAAACGCCAGAAAAUGUCCACAGACUUUAUGAUUUAGUUAAAAUACAAGACCAGAGAGUAAAAACCGCAUUUUACUAUGGUUUAAGUGAUACUUUAGUAGCAGAUGAUUUAGAGCAAGCUUCAAGAAUAGCUUAUGGAGCUAGAAGGUACAGAGUGGUUACUUUAAAAGGGGAUUUGAUCGAAACCACAGGAACAAUGAGUGGAGGUGGAAAAAGAGUUAUGAAAGGCCGAAUGGGACAAUCAAUCGCAGUCGCUAAUAUUGACCCUAGAGAAUUGAAUCGUUUAGAACAAGAAGUGCAAGAACUAGAAGUCAACGUCAGAGAAUUGAGGGCAAGGCAAGCUGAGCUGGAAGCUCAAAUGAACGAGCUUAAUCCCAGUUUGAGACAAAUGCAAAUGGAUUUGGACAAGGUCAACAAAGAAUUGCAUAGUUUGCAACAGCAACAGCCCAAUUUAAUCAGGCAAAUCAAAGAGCAGGAAGCUCGGUCAAAAGCUACUAAGUCAGAUGCUGGGCAAGUCAAAAAAUUAACUGCUGUGGUGGAGCAACGGAAGGAGGAAUAUGAGGCUGCUGCCGAAACUGCAGGUGCUCUACAAGCCGAAGUAGAUAAAAUAACUAAGGAAAUCAAAGAAAAAAGUGGAGCCAAAAUUCGUACUGUGGACAAAAAUAUUAGAGAAUGUGCCAAGACGAUUGUCGUUUUAAAGUCUGAGAUUACUAAGAUGACGGUUGCUGCAAAGACUGCAGAAAGAAACUACAAAACCACUCAAGAAAACAUCGCUCGUAUGGAACAAGACGUGUUAGAUAUGGAAACGGCUCUUAGGGAAAUGAAAGCACAAAGAGAGGAGAUUGUAGAAGAUUUUGAAAAGAUGACUGAGUGUAUGGAAGGAAUUACUCAAGAGCUUAAAGAACGAGAAGGCGACUAUUUUGCGGCCAAAAAAGCUGCAGAAGAGAUAACGAAACAGGAAAACGAACUGAAGUCGACGAAAAUCGACAUAGACAAAAGAGUUAAGGAUCUCGACAAAAAAUUGCAAAAUUAUCAUGCUGUUAUACAAUCCAAUGAAGCCAAGAUGAGUGUUUUGAAACUGCAAGAAAUCCCCAAUGAAGCUGUAGAGGAGCUUAAAAUUUAUACGGAUGAAGAACUGGAGGAGAGAGAUAUUCGCGAAGUAGAAAAAGAGAUACAUUUGGCUGAGAGUCACUUGAAAGCUGCCAAACCCAAUCUGACCGCAAUUCAGGAUUAUCGCAAAAAACAAGAGGUCUUCAUGCAAAGAUCCAACGAGUUGGAAGAAAUCAAUAAAAAAAGACAGGCGAUGGUAAAUGUAUAUGAAGAUCUGAAAAAAAGAAGGAAAGAUGAAUUUACUACAGGUUUUGCUAUAAUCAAAUUAAAACUGAAAGAAAUGUACCAAAUGAUCACUUUGGGAGGUGACGCUGAGCUAGAACUGGUAGACACUUAUGACCCAUUUACUGAAGGAAUUCAAUUUAAUGUGAGGCCGCCAAAGAAAACCUGGAAGAGGAUCUCAAAUUUAUCUGGUGGUGAAAAAACCCUAUCGUCUCUAGCCUUAGUAUUUGCCCUGCAUUAUUAUAAACCAUCGCCGUUAUAUGUUAUGGACGAAAUUGAUGCUGCUUUGGAUUUCAAAAAUGUGUCUAUUGUGGGAAAUUAUAUUAAGGAACGAACUAAAAAUGCUCAAUUUAUAAUCAUAUCUCUCCGCUCCAAUAUGUUUGAACUGUGCGACUAUUUAGUUGGAAUAUACAAAACUGACAAUACAACAAAAUCGCUUACCGUGGAUCCAAGAAACUUUGGUCAAAAGCCUCCUCAACAGCAAGUUGUUCUUGCUGCUGACCAAGCCAAACCGUCAGAUAAUGAAGCAAACAAAGAAAAUACUGAAGCAGAGAAUCGAGUUGCGUCAGUUUCCACUGGCCCUCAAAAUAGUGAAAUGAUGGAUACCUCAGAAGGUCCUGAACCUGAGCAAGCUGGACCAUCAAAUACCCAAGUCAACAUUCCAGAAAAUAGUGGUUUAGUAAUUGGAGGUUCUCCAGUUCGUAGUGACGUUCAGUCUAGUAGUAUGGAUCCCUCGGGAGAAGAAAGCAACAUUGCAGAUUCGUUUAUGGAGGAAGAAGAAAGCUCCUAAGGUGAAUCGAGCCAGAGUAAUGUUAGGAUGUUAAUUUUUAGGUUUCUUUUUUUCAAUGGUAUUAAAAUAAUAAUCGCAUGCAUUCUUUUGAAAUAGGUUUUUGUAUGAUGAGAAAAUUACAUAUAUUUUUAAAAAGUUUUUGUUAAUCUCACUAUUACUUCAAUUUCUGC